CCAGAAAGGCUUGAGCCAAUCCCAAAUCCCAACACACCCAUAGAGAGAGAGAGAGAGCAGUGUCUGGUCUCUCUCUAUUUGAAGUCUGGUGGUCACUCUCACGCGGAGAGACGCCCAUAGUCAUAGAUAUAUCAUCCUCUUCAAGGAUUUUCAACACCCAAAUAUCUGCCUUGUUUCUUUCUUUCUACAUCUUUCAAUCUUUGAAUCCCCAAGUUUUGAAAACAAGACCAAGUUUGACAAGUUAGAGUGUUUCGCUACCUUGGCCUUUUUGCCGUUUCACGAGCUUCAAAGGCUAACAGCUUUUCAAAUUCUUGAAAUAAAAACACCACCUUCAGAUCCUCAAGGCUCAAACUUCAAGUUUCUUCCUUGCCGCCUUUUACAACUCCAUUCUCAGCAGUCUAUCUCACAAGCUCAACCCAAUUCUCUGUGAAGAAACAUAACUUUCUCAUCAAAAGUCAGUCAAAAACUGAUCCUUUUUGGCUUGAAAAUUCAAGUCUUCUUGAUCCUCAACAUCCGACAAGGCGAUCCUUUUUACUCCUUGUGUGGUCACCGGAAUUAAUUAAGAAUGCAAGACCCGACGGGAUUUCAACAAAUGAAAGCUCCGGCUUUUCCAGAGCAAGAGCAGCUAAAAUGCCCGCGCUGUGAAUCAACCAACACUAAAUUCUGUUACUACAACAACUACAACUUGUCUCAGCCCCGCCAUUUCUGCAAGAACUGCCGCCGUUACUGGACCAAAGGAGGGGCCCUUCGUAACAUCCCCGUCGGUGGUGGCACCCGCAAGAACACCAAACGCUCAUCCUCAUCAUCCUCCUCCUCCUCCUCCUCCUCCACCAACAACCCCAAACGCCAGCCCAACCCCGCUACUGACCCGAACCGAAACCCAAAACUCCCUGACCCUUCCCUGCCGCGGACAUCAUCAUCGACGAUUCCCCAGCAAGUCGUCUUGAACUCAGGGGUUCUUAAUUCGGGUUCGGACGGUGACCCGACCCGGAUGUACGUCUUGUCGGUUAAUCAUCAAGAUAGGAAGAUGAUGGAUAUCGGUGGGAGCUUUAGCUCGCUGUUGUCGUCGAGUGGGCAGUUUGGAAACCUUCUAGAAGGGCUGAAUCCAAAUGGGCCGGGUUUGAAAACGGUGCAAAUGGGUGAAUUUGGGGGGAAUUUGGAUUCAGGUCAUGGGAUGAAUCAGGUUCCGAGUCGGGAUCCGGGACUGGGUGAGAGCAAUAAUAACGGGGAGAGUUAUUUGGGUGUGCAGGGUAGUGGGGAUACAAGUUGUUGGACUGGCGGUAGCAAUGGGUGGCCUGAUCUUGCUAUUUACACUCCAGGUUCAAGUUUUCAGUAGCGUAGAGAUAGAAAAACAUAUAUAUUUUUUUCCCUUUUAAUAUUUUUUUUAAAAAAUCUCUCCCCGCUUUCCCUUUGUUUAAUUGUGCUUGUCAUGGUAAUUAAAGCUAAGGUUGUGAAGAUAAUUGCUUGAUUUUGUAGUAUCUAAUGAUACUACGAGGGAUAUCUUAUGGUUUAGCUGGAUGAUAAGUAAUAGAGGAGAUGACAAUGCCGCGAAGACUUAAUGCUACAAAUAGCAUUCUUCUAUAUAUAUUAUAUAUUGAGUUUUUCAUUUUCAUUUUUCUUUUUCUCUUGUGGUGUGUUUGUAUGUGUUUUAUGAAUGAUAAUAGAAGAAAAAGAGAAGGGUGUUUGCCCAUUUAUUUGAGGUGUGGCCUUUAA